AGAAAGAGAGAAAAGAAAAUUCAAAAUGGGUAUAAUAGAAACCGACCCGUUAGCCCAAUUGAGCUUACCACCGGGUUUCCGGUUUUAUCCGACCGACGAAGAGCUCAUGGUUCAAUACCUCUGCCGCAAAGUCGCCGGUCACGAUUUUUCUCUCCAAAUCAUCGCCGAAAUCGAUCUCUAUAAAUUCGAUCCAUGGAUUCUUCCAAGUAAGGCGAUAUUCGGGGAGAAAGAGUGGUAUUUUUUCAGCCCGAGAGACAGGAAGUAUCCAAACGGGUCACGACCCAAUAGAGUUGCCGGGUCGGGUUAUUGGAAGGCCACGGGUACGGACAAGAUCAUAUCCACCGAGGGACGCAGAGUUGGAAUCAAGAAAGCUUUGGUUUUCUACGUCGGAAAAGCUCCGAAAGGAACCAAGACCAAUUGGAUCAUGCAUGAAUACCGUCUCAUCGAACCCUCCCGCAAGAACGGAAGCUCAAAGUUGGAUGAUUGGGUUCUAUGCCGAAUAUACAAGAAAAACUCGAGUGCUCAGAAACAAAUCCAUAACAGUGUCCUCACGAACAGAGAAUACAGCAACAAUGGUUCAUCGACCUCGUCUUCGUCUCAUUUUGACGACGUUCUCCAAUCCAUACACGAAAUCGAUGACCAGAGCUUCCAUUUCACCGGUUCAAACCGGUCUAUGCCGUUUAAUUUGCCCGAGCAGAAAUCCGGGUUCAUCGCUAAUCUCGGCACGUCGGAUUUCAAUUGGUCGAGUCUCGCCGACACGCAUAACUCGGCACCGGAACUCGGUGCGAGUCAGGUCUUCCCGGGUUUCGGGUACGACGAAGGCUACUUCCACGUGAAGACGGACGAUGAAGUCGAGAGCGGUUAUAGAACGCAGCGGCAGAAGAACGCCGCGUCUGCGUCUGGGAUGUUGCAGCUCGGCUCCGGCGCGUUGACUCAGGCUUCUGGCGUGAACUCGGUCGAUGUGUUCGGGUUCAGAUAUUCGGGUCAACCCGGUGGGUUCGGGUUUAUGUGAUGAUGUAAUGCGUGGCAUAAUAAAAGGAUACAAAGCUCUCUUUUCGGAUGGAAAAUCCGAUGUAAAUACAUAGAUUCGAAUUCUUUGGGGAUAGGAUCAGAGUUAAAUUAGGUUUAGAUUCCCACGUCGGAGAUUGGCAGUUGUCACAUCGAGAUCACCCAUUUUCGAUUCACAAGAUGAUCGGAUCCUUUGUACUAUAUAUGAUGAAAUUUAUAAAAUUUGCAUGUUUUGUAACUAUUUUAUUAAUAUAAAUUGGGCAUUAUUUUUUGAAA